GCAUUGAAAAGGUAUAAGGAUUCUUCUACUUCUGAUAAUUUUUUUACAUAUUACAACAAAAAUUUUUGAAAAUAAGAAUAAAUUUAAACAAGUUAUUGGAUGCAUAUAUAUAUUACUUCUUUAUUAUAAUGUUGAAGAUUUAGAUUCGUUAGAUUUUUAAUAGUAAGUAUAUAAAAAAAAAAAAAUGUGUCGUGGCUUAGAAGUCAGCGGCCAUUUUGUGUUCAAAACAUCUUCAAAUGGUGAAAAUGGUCUUGCACCGAAAUUAAAUUUAUAAGAUAAUAUGGAGAAAAAUAUGAAAGUAUUUUCUUCAGAAAUUACCAGAGGACAACAAAAGGAAAUCAGCGGUCUUUACGAAUUGAUAAAUAUAACUCCUGCUAAACCUAUAUCGUCCUUGAAUAUUAAAGAAAGUUAUUCCUGUAAAUUUCAACCAAGAACCGAUAAACAUUAUGAGCCAAAGAAAAAUAAUAAACAUAAAGUAAAAACUGUUAGAGAUAUUAGAAGUUUAUUUGAAAAAGACGUAUACCAUUAUUUAUCUGACGAUUUGGAAAAACAACAAAAAGUUUUAUUAAGAAAAAUAAGAACUGGUUCUUCUAAAGACCCAAGUACAAUUCAAUUGGCGAAAGACAUCUUCAACUCUGACAAUCCUAUAUCUAGGUCGUCAUGGCAAAUGUUAGUUAAUAUUAAUCCAGAAAAGCACGCUCAUCCAACUCAAUACAUUUUAUGGAAUGGUAAAUGUAUACAAGUAAAUGGUAGUAAAGGUGGAAGAUACAAAUUUAUUUAUAAUUAUGAUUUAGGACGAAAUAAGGAAUCUUUAAAACCAAAUGCAGGCAUUAAAAAAACUAUAAAUAAAAAGAAGAGACUUCUGCAAAAUUCAUUAACUGUAAAAUUUAAACCUGGUCCAUUGAGACUAAAAAAAUACCUUGACGAUUCGUAUCAGAAGUAUCAUGUCGGUAGUACAGAAUUAGUUAAUUUACCAAAACCUGGUUUAGAUAUUCAACCCAGCUAUGGUUGCUCUGUAGAACCUACAAUUACAAACUUUCUAAAUAGUUUACGAGAUGUAGAUGGUUUAAUAUCCAAAAAGUGGGCUGAGUUUUCAGUGUCUGUGUUAGGAACGAUAAAAAAUUCCAAUCCUGUACAACACGAGGAAAACUCCGUUACUUUCGAUUUGAGUUACAAAUAUGAUCAACAUCGAAUACUUAUGAGAAGAGACAUUGAUAAUUGUAACAAUUUGCGUGAUCAAAAUAAAUUUAAAUCACAAACCAGAAUAAAAAACCUUAAUGAUAUCUUACCUGAUGUCAAAACCGUAGUUGAACGUAUUUUAGAUACUGUUGAAAUUAGCCUUACUCAGGACAAUAUGUAUACGGGCAUAGAAACCCCUAGAAGUGCAUCUCCUGUCAUUAUAUCUAGCAAUACUAAAAAUUUUUUAUCCAAGGAUAAAACUAAAAGAAAAUACGGUGAAUUGGAUAGACUUGAUGUGACUAUUAUAACAUUACCGGAAAAUUCGGAACAAUUUACAUCACAAACAUGUUUAAAUUCAUAUUGUACAUUGGGAUGUAUUUGCGCAUCGCUAAAAUGUCCUCUUAUUUUUAAAAAUCAUUGUGGUCGAAUAGACUGUAUGUUUGAAUGUAAAUGUGACUUCUCAAAAUAUAAGAUAACAGAUACUUUCGACAGUGACUAUCCCGAAUUUUUACCAGGUUUGAUAAAUUUAGACAACGCGAUGAGUUUAAAUUUAGCAAAGGAAGAACAGAAAUUCCAUCAAACUGUUGUUUUUACCGGAGAAAAAAGUAUUUUACUAAAGUCUCGAAAAAGGAACUGGAAAACUUCAAAAAAGUAUGCAGAUUUUUACAGCAGUAUGUGUUUAAAAACAGAAACUAAAAAAGAACCUAUUUUAUUUAUAGUUGACAUGAAACUUAAUUGUGAAAAUAUUGAGCCUUGGUGUAUGGUGCAUAAUUUAUAUAAAUGUUUUUGUAAAGGAAAGAUUACAAGUAGUUCAUAUCUUUUGGCAGCAUCACAUGAUACGCACAUCACUGAAUCAAUAGUUUCAAAAGAUAAAGAAACAUCUCAUAUACAUAAUAGCUUACAAAGUAACUUAUCAAAUUGUCAUCAGCCUAAUUUAAAUAACAUAACACGACCAAGAUUACGAUCGGAACGAAUCAAAAAUAUCGAAGAAACGCAGAGAUUGAGUAAAGAUUCUAAUUGUGAAAAUAAUUCUGUAACUUCAAAUUCGAAUGAAAUAUUGUACUCAUAUGAUAGUUGUGCCCGUGUGAACCCGUAUAAUGGAAGGAAAUUCAGCAAUGGCUACUAUAAAAAUGCUAAUCAUAAAAUCUUUGAAUUAGAGAAAAAUGAUCUUAAUUUAAGUAAAAAACUACUUAAUUUAUGUAUUCAAAGUGAGACGAGUAACAAUUAUAAUGUGUGUAUGACGAGUAAUAAAACAUCGAUAGAGGAUACAAUUAUCAUUUGCGAUACAAGACCCUCGGAUAAAAAUAGAGAUAAACUGUCUUCUGAUGAUUUGUCUGAAAACAAUGUUUUACCUAGUAGCGUCAGAUCUAGAGUGGAUAGUACAAUGAACAAAAGCAAGCUAAUAGCUUGGCUUGAGUAUAGUUACAAACAAUAUAAAAAGCGUGCUGAACAAGGUAUUGUUAGUACUACUUUACAAGCUCCUAAGCCUAAUAAAAUAGUUUUACAUCCCUGGGAGUUUAUUUUAAGUAGAUAUAGAGAACGAAAAAAUCAUUUUUUAAUUUCGAAGCAGCAACCAUAUCGUAUAUUCAUGGCGGUAGAUACAAAGCAUCCUUUUUUCUUAGAAUGUAUCAAUAUUGAUGAUAUUCGAUUUGCUGAUCUUCAUAAAUAUCCUAUAACAAUCAAAAAUUUGCUUACCAACGCAACUGAUUUGAAAGACAAUUUUUGUAUAUUAUGUGGUUUAAGUCUAUGUUGGGAAUUAGUUGGAUCCGUAACAAAAAUGAGUGAAACUAGCAACAACAGUGCUGAAGGAGAAACGAAUCAAAGUAUGUUAUCAUGUGACAAUAGUGAACUUUUAAAAUAUUUGGACGAUUCCAAUAAUUCCUCGAGUAAAAUGUCUGAACCUACUACGCCAGAUAAAGAUAAAAGUGAAUUUGAACUUCUUCAUAAAAAUACUACUUCGCCAAAUAUAAGUAAUUCAACAAACUUUGAAAAUUCUAAUAGUACUCCAGAAUCAUCAAAAUGGUUUGUAAUGACGGUCGAAAAUGACUUUAGUGAGAUUCAAUUUUUUAAUAGAGGAUUUUUCGUAAAAUACGAAAGUAUCAUAAGAGCUAUUAGUAUAGCACGAAAGGCUAAUCAAACAGUUCGAUUAUCUUCUCAAAAAUGUACGGACAAAAAUAGUAAUCCGCAAUUUGGUAUAUAUGCUGUUCCAUACACUAAUGAGUAUUGUGUAUUUGUUGGCCCUUAUGAACCUAAUGAACCUUUAGGGGUUGAAACAGUCAAAACUGUAUCAGAUGUUCCAAAACCAAAAAGGACUAGAGGUUUUUGGAUUACUACUGAUAAAAUUGAUAAUUUCAAAGUCAUUGACAAUCCUUUAUCAUUUAUGCCAGAUAACAUAUCUAUAGAUAAAAAAAUUAUGCCUCUAGAAAGCGACGCUUAUAGAGAUGAUCGUCCUAAAAUAAACAUAGAUAAUAGUAUUGAGGCAGCUGAUACCAAUAAAUUAGAAUUAGAUUCUUUUAUGAAAGGUCAGCGUAUUAUUAAACCUAUAAAAAUUAAGAAAGAACAACUAUUGAAAUCUGUUUCGUUGCUUAAUAAAGUUAUCCCUCAAAAUAAUGUCUUAGAUGCUAAGAAGACUUCACUUUUGGGAAAUAAUUGUUUAGUAAUUAAUACAAGCCCAAACGUUCCAACAUUGCGAUCUUUGCUAAGUAUAAAUUUGCCUGUAGAUGUAAAUACUUGUUCUGAAUCUACAAUAAGUGCGGUGAAUGAUAAAACAGAUGCAAUAUUAAUGGAAGAUAGUAUGCUAUCAGAACUCAAUGAUCAUGAAACAGUGGCAACAAAUGAUCCGCUUCCUAUACAAAUAUCUGAAGUGUAUUCAGAAUUUAAUAAACCUUCAGAAAAAAGAAAUGUGACAAGCGAUGUUGGCAUGCUUAUUUUAAAACCAGAAGAAAUAAACGAAAGAAUAAUGAAUAAUAUAAAAAUGUCAAAACCACCCGACUCAAUUGAUGCUGAUGAAGAAAUAAAUAAAGACAUUUUUAAAUUCUUGUCUAGUAAUGUAAGGAAUGAUAAGGAUGACGUUUUUAUAAUUUCUGAUGACGAAGAAGAAGAUAAUGCAAAAUAUAAUUCAAAUGUUAACGACUGUAAGGAAGUAUGGAUAGAAUGUGAGAAUAUUUUAACAGUAGGUUGGAUAGUAGCAAAAAGAAAUUCAAAAAAGUUUUUAAGCUUCAAAAUUCCUGGAUUAAAUUUUAGCGAAUUUUAUGUACAAGACGUCGCCUUUUCUAAAAUUAAUAAAGUUUUAUCUCAAACAGUCAAUAUACCUGAACAUAUGAAAUUAAAAUGGCGAGUGGUAGACUCAAAAAGUGAACUAAAAACAGAUCAUCAAUUAAAUUUUGAGUAUUUGCAGCAUAAUAUUUGGAAGACGAAAGAACCAAAUAUUUCAUCAGAUAUAAGAAAGGUAUUUAAGGAAGAAAAAGAAACAGGUUUGUACUGAAGAAAACGCAGGAUCACCAUAAGAUGGUGAUAAUUCAAGAAAAUAGAUGGAGGAAAUAGUUUGAUCUUUAUUGAAUAUUUCAUUUUAUAUUUACUAAAGAUAUUCAAAAUUUCCUAAUUUUUUUUUAUAUGAAGACUGAUUAGCUUAUUUACUUAAAAAAAUAUUGUUGUACUAUAUUAGUAACUACGUAAUAACGAUACAUUUUAAAUAGACGUAGGAAUUACAUUCUAAUAGUUACAUAAAUGUAAUAAUGUAAAAUAGUUUAUGUUAACUAUUAGUUUUUGAGAUAAAUGUCUAUAGGCUAAAUUACAAUUUUCUAAUGACUGUGAAAUUCAGGAAAGACCGGAAAUGUGCGAUAGCCAUAUUACAUCGGCAAACGGUAAUAAUUGCCAUAAAAUUUUAUUGGCAGGUAGGCACUUUACCAGUGACAGAAGAAAUUACUACAGCAGACGUAUUGCCUGCGAAAUUUCGCUCAAAUUUCUUGCCUGCCCGUCAUUAAAAAUACCUAAACAUUUGCUAAGACUGCUGCUGAUGUUUUAUUUGGUCUGUUGAUAGACUGAAUGUUUGUUAAAAGUGUGUAUAUUAUAUAAUCCAAUAUUUGUAGAUUCUUAUCUCAAAAUAUAGUUUUUUUCUAAGCAAGUCUAAUAUUUAUAUAUUUCACAACCAUUCGCCUUGUACCAACACAAAAGUAUGGACAACAGUAAAAAUUUUAUUGUUAAAAAUGUCGUAAGCACACAUUAUAUUUUAAUUUAAUAACUACCGAUUUAACUUAAUAUGACGCGAGCAUGAGCCUGACUGCAUGCCUUGGCUCAGACUCGUACUCGCGUCACAGUCACUCCUGAGGAUCAAGAAUUGAUUCCGAAACUAGUUGAGCUUUUUAUUAGUGAGUCCGUGGUUUUUAAAUAUAUCGUAUAACUCUUCUUAAUUUAUGUUUCAAACAGAUUGAGCAAUUUUUAUGUUGUUCUUUAUUCUAAGAUUGGUUUAAUCAACAUGUUUCUUUUAUUGCACAUUUUCAAUAUUUUCACAGCAUACAUUUCUGUUUUUCCAAAUAUUGGAUGGGAGAUAAUGCUAUAAAGCAUUAAGUUCGUCUUUUGUAUCGAACAUUUUAAACCGGUAGUUAUUACAUUAAAACAGUUUUUUUUUGUAAUUAUUUUAUCCGCCCUGGGAACCUACUCGUAGUAAUCUGUAUUACCUGGGUAAUUACAAUGUUGUUAUAGCUAUUAUUUUCAAAUUAUAAGAAUUAACGAGUGUUGCUAUUUUUUUUUUAUAAUUUAACAUGGAAAGCAAAUAAACAUUCAUAGAGUUGACGUCGCGAAAUCUCAAAUAAUAUAUUUGGGGUAGUUUCAUAACGUUUUAUUUUCAACAUCUUUGCAUUAAGAAAUAAUGAUUAAUUUUAAUCUUGUCAAGCGUCUAGCGAGCACGGUUUUAUCCGGUGAAGCAUGAUUUUUCGGCUUGACUUUUAUUGCAUAUGAAUCUAAAGUGGCCAGCAUUAUAAAAAUCAAUGUGGAUCCCUCUUGUAGGUAGAAAUAGGUGUGCGGCCACAUAAUUCACAAGAAGGUUGUAGAUGUAUCGGUGGCGCAUUUAAAUUAGAAAUAAAUAACUACUGAAUCAACAUUUAUUUAUUAAAUUUAUAUAUAAUCAUAUAUAUGUACUUAGAUUAUAUAAAAGAGGCACUAUCUAUAUAAUCUAAGUCAUGCUUGGAAAAAAAAACAGGUAAAAUUUUUUAUACGUGUACUUUCGUUUUUCAUUGUUAUUAGCCUUUAUCUUCUGCUGAACAUAAGCAUCUCUCAUAAAGAGAGUUUUAUCAAUAGUUGCCACGUGAAACAGGCGGUUUGGCAACCGCAUUUUGUCAUGUUUAAAGAAGGGCCUUGUUGCCCAUUAAGUUUCCUUAGUCUCCUCUUACGACACCCACGGGAAAGGAGGGAGUAGUUCAUUCUAUGCCGGGACCACACGGCAUAAUUAACUUAAAACAUUAUUAAUAUUUUUUAAUCCUUUAUAAUAUUUAACUUUAUUUAUAUAUUCAAUUACAUUAUUUAUUUAUUUUUAAACAAAAUUCACAUAGAUGGCAUUCUAACCCCUGGUAGAAACAUAGUCAGCCGGCAUUAAGGGCCUCAGAGAGAGAAACCGGCGUACAAUGCGGGUAGUAUCUAAGAGCACCACUUCAUGCAACUUUCCCGGGAGUAAGCUGCCUCGGAAUCUCAAUCGUCUGAGGUGUUUUUUUAAUUGAUAAUAAAGGAAUGUUAAUCCUGCCUACGCCAGCGGUAUAUGCUGGCAGGCCGCCAGUAAUGGAUGAUAGAUGAGAAUGAAAAGGCAGAUCAGUUAGUCCAUUACGAUUAAUACACCUGAAAUUCAGCACGAUGGUUUCCAGGGAGGACCACGUGGAGAUCAACCUGACAGGGUAUAUUGUUAUCAAUAGGACUGGUAGUCCUCAUUACUUUCCCUUUUCAGUUUUGGUUUUCACGAGAUUCUCGUCAUUUGUUUAUUACUGGCGGCCCGUCCCGGUUUCGCACGGGUGGACAUUUUUACAUUUUACUAGCUAGUUACUUAUUUCAUAGAUGUGCCCGCCCCUACCUGCCCCUCUCCCACACCGCUACAAUGCCUGGCUAGCUAGCCACGCGGCCGGCACGGCGCGGGGGCGGACAACGCCUUUUCUAUAUUCGAUAAUAUCUUUCGUAUGGAAUAUACCUACGAUUUGAAAAAUUCAAAAAUAAUCUGCAGGUAUUGAAACAAUUUUGAAUACAAAAUAAUUUAUUUGGAUAAGAAUGGUGGCUCUUUUAUUAAUAAUUCAAGUAUUGUGUCAUAACAAUGUAAUUUAAUUUAAUAUAAAUCACAUAUAAGUCUCCAUAGUACUCAUAAUAUCUCUAUAUAUAUACCUACAUAAAUGUUAUGUAAGCAAAAAACAUAUAUAUAUACAAAAAACAAAUAAAUUUAAAAUAAUAUUCAUUUUUUAAAAUUACUUCAUUUUGGAAAUUUUAUUCAAUUGUUUGGCAAUUUUUUCGUAUACCUGCAAGAUGCUAAUAUUUAUAAUUGUAUUUACCCUUAAAAUUUACGAUACCAGUGACAAACUAUUCCUUUAUUAUUUCUAUUUUUUUGUCUUAUAAUUUUUGCAUUUUUUCAAUGCACCUUUUCAAAAUCUCAUUUUAUUUAUUAAAUGUAUUUUUUUUUUACUAUUUAAGGAUCCCUCGUUUGGUUAUGAUCUCACCUGAUGAAAACAUAUUACCUAAAUAUAGAUACUUUAAGAUACGUCGUGUACGUAAGUAUAUAGAACACAAUUAAAAAAAUGAAUAGUCUAAUUGGAUAAUUAGCUGAUAAAAAAAUUACCUAUUUUUAAGACACGAUGUCUGUUUUUAACAUUUAUAUAAUCUAAGCAUGUAUAGGUUUUUUAAUAUAUAUAACCAUAUAUAUGAAAUACUUCUAUGCCAGGUGAUGGGAAAAGAAUCUACAAAUAAAAAAUAUAGGAAUGCGGAACGAUUUGCGGUAUUAUUUUAUUAAAUAUUGCAAUGCGGGAUUCUAACUGCAACAACGCAAAAUGCAGGAUGGUCGACCGUCUUAUACAGAUCCAUAGGAACCUUUUAUUGGUUUGAACUUAUUCUUUAAAUAUAUUAAGAAUAACUGUUAUUAGUUAACUAGACCUACUUAACUAUAAACUUUAUUAUUUCUGGCCGAUUUGAAUUAUAUUGAUCUCAUAUAGGUUCGAUUGUAAACACUUAUUAACCCUUUGCACUCCGUUGACGCCAUAUUUGCGACAUUAAAAUGUUAACAUUACAUCCACUGUCGCGGCUACAGCGACCUGGUUGUUUUACUGACUUAGCGCCCUUAAUACUUAGGUAAGCGAAAUCGUUUAUGUGUAUCUUAUAGUGUUUAUCAUAUGUUUAUUAUGUAUACAUUAUAAUAAGUUAUUGAUAAGUUAAUGAGUUAUUGGUAUCCUCUAUGAGUAUACCAAUAAUGAUACUAGACUGGAGUGCAAAGAGUUAAUAAAAUUGCAUUUGAUAUCUAAUCCAUAGAGUUAGUAUACCGUACUAUCUAAUUAGUUUUAAUUUUUUUUUAUGUACCAUGAUGACUGACAGUAAGUAUAAAUAUAGUUUCAUAGCUUAUUGUUUAGCUUAUAAAUGUGUCUGUGAUAUUUUAAAAUACUGAUUCUACUGAUUAGUAUCUACUUUUAUGUCUUACAUUGAAAAGACACGCCAAGUACAAUUAAUGGAUUUCAAUUUUAGGAAUAUUCAAAAUCAGACCUGACAAUAUUGUAAAGAAAUUGUUAUAGCUAGAACGUAAAUGCGUAUGCCUACUAUUGUUGCAAUACUUUUUGAAUACCCAGUUGUGCACUGCAAUUUGGAUAAUGUGACUAUUUCCACUUUACAGCUUUUCUACUAUUAGAAUGUGGUAUUAAUUAUUCGAUUAUUGUUGUUGUAAUUGUCCUGAAAAACAGCAUUAAAGAAUAUUAAUACACUGUC